UGAUUUUAGUGAUUUUUAUUUGUUAUUUUCUUGUGCUAUCGUGAGCUUUCUCCUUUAAAAAUUAAAAAGCAGAAGUUUUUCUUACCUAUGUUGCGCGUAAAACAACUGGAAUGCGUCAAGCACUAGGCCUAACCAAGGCUAUAAAUACGAGGGCCUAACAUCAUGACAUGGUCAUGACAUGGUCUGUUCAUGACAUGUCAUGAACAGUUGCGAUAAACACUUUGACUUUGACUUGCGCUGGUGUCUGGUGAUGGUGUUUCGCACGAUUCCGUUUACUAUAAGGGUCCAACAUGUUUAAAAAGUUUGAUGAAAAGGAGAGUGUGUCCAAUGUGCAGCAGCUGAAGUCGUCCGUGCAAAAGGGAAUACGAAACAAGAUAGUUGAGCUGCACCCACAUAUUGAGAAUUAUAUUGAUGGAAUCCUGCCAAAGAAAGAACCCCUAAGAAUUUUAAAAUGCCACGAUCAUAUCGAGAUCCUGAUCAAUAGCGGUGGAGAGCUGCUCUUCUUCCGGCAGCGGGACGGUCCCUGGAUGCCGACACUCCGCCUCCUCCACCAGUACCCGUUCCUGCUGCCGAUGCUGCAGGUGGACAAGGGCGCCAUCCGCUUCGUCCUGUCGGGCGCCAACAUCAUGUGCCCCGGACUGACGUCUCCCGGCGCCAGGAUGACGACCGUCCCCGAGAAGACGCCCGUGGCCAUCAUGGCAGAGGGCAAGCAGCACGCGCUCGCCGUCGGACUCACAAAAAUGUCCACCGACGACAUCUCGAGGAUCAACAAAGGUAUCGGCGUGGAGAACUGCCAUUACCUUAUAGACGGCCUCUGGAACAUGAAGCCGGUCAAGUGACACUGAGGGGAGUGGUCGGACCGCCCGACCGGCCCUGCCGCCAGGACCGCCGCCGCGCCGUGAGAUUCGCCGCGGCAUCCGCCAUUGCUGUGAUUGAAAUGAAUAAAUUUUGUUUCGUGCA